CCGUAUAUUGCCCACGAAUUACCCUUUUUCAUCAUUUGCUCCACCCAGAAACUUCUAGAAAGAACACCAAACUCCCUCCCACCGCCCACCUCUCUAUCUCUCUAGUUUCUCUCUCUCUAGUUUCCGGCAAACGAUGUCUUCUCCUUGUUCUGCAGUGUUGAGCUUCUUCAAUCUCUCUCUGCUCUGCAAUAUCGUCGCUUUUUUGUAAGUUUUUUUUGGAUUUGAAAAAAUUCCGACAUUUUUUCAUCCAGAAAAAAACUUAGCUUUUCAGGGUUUGGAUCUAAGAACGGUGGUAUGGCACCGUUGCCGGUUGAACAGACCGGCGAAUCGGCUGCCCCGGCGGCGGCGUUUGAUUCUCAGAGAUCAAUCCCGACGCCGUUCCUCACCAAAACCUAUCAACUCGUCGAGGAUUCGUCCAUCGACGACUUGAUCUCUUGGAACGAAGAUGGAACCACCUUCAUCGUCUGGCGACCAGCUGAAUUCGCCAGAGAUCUGCUUCCCAAAUAUUUCAAACACAACAAUUUCUCAAGCUUCGUUCGACAGCUAAACACUUACGGAUUCAAAAAGGUCGUGCCUGAUCGCUGGGAAUUUGCGAAUGAAUGCUUCCGGAGGGGUGAGAAGUUACUUCUCAAAGACAUACAACGCCGGAAAAUUUCUCUUGCCCCGGCAGCGUUGACGGCGGCGCAGACUGUGACGGUAGCGGUACCUUCGACAGUUCUCGCGGCGUCUCCGGCAAAUUCCGGUGACGAGCAAGUUCUAUCGUCCAACUCAUCACCGGCGGCGACGGUGACUCCUAUCGUACAUCGCGGUACAACCACCACCACCACCGCGCCGGAGCUUGUAGAAGAGAACGAACGGCUCAAGAGGGAGAACACGCAAUUGAGUCAAGAAGUGAAUCGAUUGCGGAGCCUGUGCAAUAACAUAUGUGCAUUGAUGACGAACUACGCCACCGAUCAUCCGGAAACCGGCGGAUCACUGGACGAAAGAGCUUUGGAUCUCCUGCCGGCGAGACAGUUAGCCGACGGCGGAGGAGGCGGCGGUUUAAAGGCGGAAGAAGGGACGUGUCCGCGGCUGUUUGGAGUAUCCAUCGGACUGAAGCGCGUGAGAGAGUGUGUGGAUGAAGAGAGCGAGAAUCAAGGCCAGAAUAAUCAGCGCGAAGAGGAGAUGAAAUCAGAGCCGUUGGAUGGGGGACCUGAUCAUCAUCAAGACCCUCCGUGGCUUGACAAGUUAUAACCGUUUGAUUGAUUAGAGUUGAAUUAGAGAAGGUUAGAAUUGUUGAUUUCACAGUGUUGGGAGGUAAUUAGGCGGACAUUAUGUAAAGCAGCAAGUUACGAGGUAGGGUGACGAAAUGAUAAGGACACGUGUCUUCAAAAGCGGUGGACCAUUUAAUGAAAACCACCUCAGAUUAAUUUAGUACUUUUGUAGUUUGUAUUGUG